AUGCGCGCCGUCCAGGUUAAAGAAUACGUCAAGGGUCCCCUCGACCUAACAGUCACCACCCUACCGACCCCCCCGCCCUCCCCAACCGACUACCUAAUCGAGAUCCACUCCGCCGGAACAAACUUCUUCGACCUGCUCCAAAUCCAAGGAAAAUACCAGAACCAGCCCCCGCUACCGUGGGUCAGCGGCGCCGAAUUCGCCGGCACCAUCCUCGCCGCGCCAACAGCGCCCAAGACGACCCCGCGCUUCAAAGUCGGCGAUCGCGUCUUCGGCGCCACGCAGGGCGCAUACGCUACCCACGUGCGCGCCCCGGAACACACCCUCCUCCCUGUCCCGGCGGGGUGGAGCUUCGAGGACGCCGCGGGCUUGUUCGUCACUGCGCCGACGUCGUACGGGGGUCUUGUGCACCGCGCGCAGGUCCAGGCCGGCGACUGGGUGCUUGUCCAUGCUGCUGCUGGCGGGGUCGGGCUGGCGGCUGUGCAGAUCGCGAAGGCGAAGGGCGCGACGGUGAUUGCGACUGCUGGGACGGAGCGCAAGAGACAGGUUGCGCGGGAGUUCGGCGCCGACCAUGUUAUCGAUUAUCGGGAUAAGAGCUGGCCGGAGGAGGUGAAGAAGCUGUGUGCGCUGCACCGCUCGGGGAAUGGGAAGGCGGGUGUCGACAUUGUUUAUGACCCUGUGGGCAUGAUUGAGGCGAGCCUCAAGUGUGUGGCGUGGAAUGCGCGUCUGCUGGUGAUUGGGUUUGCGGCGGGGAAGAUUGAGAAGGUUGCGCUGAAUCGCGUGCUGUUGAAGAAUGUUAGCAUUGUUGGGCUGCAUUGGGGUCAGUAUGCCCGGCACGAGACUCAGACUGUGGGCGCUGUGUGGCAGGGGAUUUUUGAUCUUGUGGCUCAGGGGAAGUUUAGAGGUACUGCGUUUAAGGAUGAGAGCUUUGUUGGGCUGGAGAGCGUCCCCAAGGCGCUGCAGGCGUUGGGGAGCAGGGAGACGUGGGGGAAGGUGGUCGUCAAGGUCAUUGACGAUGAGGCUGCGAAAAGCAAGCUGUGA